AUGCUGCCAAUGAGCUAUGCACUUCCAGACGUGUUUAGCUUGCAGUUCAUAACUCAGGUGUCGAAGUACGAGGAAGGCAUGCCUGUUUAUUUUCAGUUAUUUGCAACCUACUCACUGAUAAGCGUGAAGGCUCUUGCUAUCCUUCACACUCUCCAUACCGAGUAUCCAAAUGUCUUUGUCGCCGCGGUUUCUUAUGAUUCCUCUGACGUGGUCCGGAGUGUCAUUAGAGCCCACUCCGCUCUCAAGCGGAUCAAUGUAUGCGUAGAUAAGCACUCACAGGUCAAGGCUUUUGCUAAAAACAGAGGGGUCACUGGCAUUCCAACUGCGUUUGUCUUCGAUGGUAACGGCUCCAUCGCGUGGGAGGGAUACCCCACCGGCAGCGGGCUCCACGGGGUUCUCCGCAAGCUUAACCAAAUACCUGUCCAAGUUCCUUGUCUCAGCACAAGCACAAUACAGCCUCCAAAGUUCUUCAAUCCAGAAAUGACGAAUUCUAGAAAGGAUUGGCGUCUCCCCGGUGGAGGAGUCAGGACCGGAGAGAUAGACCCCAACGCUCUUACAAAGAGCACCCGGCACGUAAAGCAGUCAGAAGAGGCUCGCGUUAAGCGAAGCAAGCGGCCUUAG